AUGUCCUACAAUCAAUAUGGGGGAAACCCCUACGGCGCGCCGCCCGGCUUCGGCGGCUACGGCAGCCUCCCACCUGGCAUGGGCGCUCCCCCUCCCGGCCUAGGAAUGGCUCCUCCUCCCGGUGUUGCGCAGCCCAGCACCCAGCCGGCGAGCCGUGCCGCUGGUCUCCCCUCGGGCUUCCAGCCCCCCGCCAACAUGCCCAACAUCAACUUCAAUGCCCCCGUCAUUCGACUCGGCACCGGAGCGUCCGGCUCGGGCGGGCGAGGCGACGGGCCGUCGGCACCAUCGGGUGGGCGACCCGGCAUGGGUAUGGAGAGGGGUGGUGAUCAGGGCAGGGAUCGUGCCAGGGACGUGCCGCAGAUACUCACACCACCCACGAGCGACGAGAAGCUUCGGACAAUCAUCAUUCACCAGAUGCCCGACGGUCUGGGUGGCGAUGAGGGGGUGCAGAAAAUCUGCAACGCCGUGGGGCGGCUUCGCAAGUGGGAGCCCGCUGCCAGUCUCUGGAGCGAGCACAAGUCGAAACUCGGAUUCGCCCUCUUUGACGACCACGAGUCGGUUUCCAUCGCCCUCAAGCUCCUCGGGGAACAGGGCAUCGAGGUCCCCGUCAAACGACAGCAACCCACCUCCAAUCCAACCCCGGACGAUACGUUUAAGGGGAUUGAAAAGGUGAAGCUGGGUGUGGCCUUUGACGAAACGACUGUCGAGUACCAGGCCUCGUUAGACGAGAACAGGGGAGAGGAUGCCGAGUUUCAGAGCAGGUUUGAAUCGGCCCGCGUGGCGCUCAAGCAGCUCCAGCUCGAGCUCUUCUACCCCCCAGCCGGCACUCGUGUUAAUGCCGACGCCGACGCAGCCGCCACCAACAACGACGUCCAGGGCAAUGUGGAAGUGGUCAACAUUUCAAUUGCGCAGGAAGACGAGCUGGCCGAUAUUCCCGCUGAAAUGCGCGAGGUUGUGGCAAAGGAGAUUGCAGCCUUUCGCGACCGCAGCAACCAGCGGGACAUGGAGCGGCUGAGGAGAGAGGAAGAGAUCGGGGCGCGUUUCCGCCAGCAAAACGGAGCAUCUGCGCCCUCGCUCGGCGGGUCGAAUUACAUUCCCUUGGGGCCACGGUCCUCCACCAUGCAAUCCGCUCCGUCGUGGCCCAGAGGCCAUAACGGGACUGAUCGUGUGACGUUUGUCAACGGCGGCGCUCGUGACCCGCACCAUGAGGCCGUUGAUGACGACGACGACACCGACGCGAGCGACGGUGAGCUGUAUCGCAGAGAGCUGAAGAUCAAGGAGGACGAAGAACAUAGGCUCUUCAUCGAAAUGGAGCGCAAAUGGCUCAACCGAGAACGCUCGAGGCAGCUUGCCCUGGACCGCGAGCAGGACCGCGAGCGGCAGGAGACUGAGCAGAAGCAGAGGCGAAAGGACGAGCAGCGCGCCCGCGACAUGGCUUGGGACGACGACCUCGAGGCCAAUCGAAAGACGCAUGCCUACUACAGGGACCACGCGGCCUGGGCGAGGAAGCGAGCCAUGGAGCGGCAGGACGAGGAGAUGAGAGACGACGCGGAUCGGCGCGAGGAGGAAGGCGAGCGACGACGGGAGCAGGCGCAAAUGGAGCGAGCUCGAGGCCAGGCAGACUCGUUCCUGGACCGCCAGGACCAGGAGACGGACCGACGCCCGGCAGUCGCUGCUCCUGCGCCUCAGCCCUUCAAGCUGUCGCUCGGAGCUGCCGCGCAGCGAGCCCAGGCAUCGCGGGCCAUGCCGCAGCGACGCACCAUUGCCGAGGUCGAGGGCCUGCUCGACAACGAAGACGCGGAGCCCAUGGUUCGCCGACAGCUAGUGCCGAUCCAGAUGGACCCCGUGUCCGGCCCGGGGGCCAUGUCCGAGGAGGAGAUUUCGCAGGCGAUCCGGGCCCUCGCGCAGGAGAUUCCGUCCGACAAAGACGGCCUCUGGGGCUGGGACGUCAAGUGGGACUACAUGGACGAGGCCAUUGUGCGAGAGCGGCUACGCCCGUUUGUGGAGAAGAAGAUUGUCGAGUACCUGGGCGUGCAAGAGGAGAUGCUGGUGGAGACGGUCGAGGAGCACCUCCGCAAGCACGGGACGGCUGGUGGCUUGGUCGACGAACUAGAGGGGGCACUGGACGACGAGGCAGAGGACCUGGUCAAGAAGCUCUGGCGCAUGGUCAUCUUCUUCACCGAGUGCGAGAAGCGUAACCUGCCGGCCUAG